CAAUACAUCGACGUUUUGCGUUCCCAGCUCUAACCCAAUCCCAGUUUGGAGAGUUUUGUUUGUUGAUCGGACCUGAGAACCGACAACUGGUGAAGCGCUCGGUCGGUCUCUGUUGUGUUCCAACCAGCGGAGCUUGAUCUGGGCUCGUCCCCAGUCAAUGAAGUGCAGAUCCAUUGCAUGUAUAUGGUCAGGCUCACCACCGGCCCACAAAGUCACCGCCGUCGCCGUACUCAACCGCCCUCCCACUCUCUACACCGGCGGCUCCGAUGGCUCCAUCAUCUGGUGGAACCUCUACUCUUCCACUCAAUCUACUCAGGAAAUUAAGCCAAUUUCUAUGCUGUGUGGUCAUGCUGCUCCGAUAGUUGAUUUAGGGAUUUGUUGUCCCACUGCAGUUUCUGGGGAUGGGACAGUAGAUGAACCUAAUGAUUUGGUACCGAAUUCUAACUCAUCUAACUGUGGCGCAUUAAUAAGUGCAUGCACUGAUGGUAUCUUGUGCGUUUGGAGCAGAGCUAGUGGACACUGCAGACGCAGAAGGAAAUUGCCUCCUUGGGCGGGAACCCCAUCCAUACUCCGUACAUUCCCCGAAAAUCUUAGAUAUGUGUGCAUUGCUUGUUGUUCAGUUGAUUCUGUUCAUCUACAUGAACAUCAGUCAGUUGAUGUUGGGGCUGAAGGUUUGGUGGAUACUGAAUCUCAGCAUCCUAAAUCCACAAAGUGCGCCAUUGUGAUUGUUGAUUCAUAUACUCUUAGCAUUCUCCAGACUGUUUUCCAUGGACCUUUAUCCAUGGGACCUUUAAAGUCAAUGGGUAUAGUUUCAUCCGUUGGAGAUAUAUUCACACAGUCAGUUAUGAUGGUUGACUUUUAUGGCAAAGUACAAUGUAUACCGAUUUUGAAGGACUGUGUCUCAAGCAUGGAAAAUGUGACAGGGAGACAAAGUAAUUCCUCCAAUUUAGGGAAUAUAGAUUGGGAAGAUGGGAUGAGAGAUAGAGGGCUUCUGGUGUCAUUCAUAAAUUGUGGUCAGGUCUUAGGUUUUUUGUAUAAAACAUGCUGCAUAUUUCGGUUAUUAGAGGAUGGCAGUAGAGUAGGGGAAAUUUCUUUCUUAGAUGAUCCACUUUGUCUUCAAGGCAGUUACAUUGUAGGGGGCAUGUUUCUUAGAGAUGAUAAUGCUGAGAUGGGACUUGAUUCUGGGAUUUCAUAUAAUUUAUUUGCUGUUUGGAAUAAUAGAGGUUCAACAGUUAUAUACAGGGUAUUGUAUUCAAGCAAUGUCUUCAAGUAUGAGCCCUUAUCUACCAUCUCUGCCGGUUCUCUCUCCUCUGAUGUUAGAUUAUCUUUAUCCUUUGCUCAAUUAAACAACUUUCUUAUCCGGGUUGAAUCAAUUUCCUGUCACAAGGAGGAGCCGUUGCUUUGGAUGCCACAUGUAACAAUUUGGUCAUUGCCCGAGCAGUUUGGUAAUAAUGGGAGGCUAUUUCAGGAUUGUGACAUGAUUGGUGAAGGAAACUAUUUUGAUGAUUGGGUCUUAAACCUUACUUCUUCCAAACCUGAGGUUGUAAGGCAGGAUGUCGGCAUGAAAACAAAAGCCACUGAGCAUAAAGUUUCAAACAGUCAUAAAUAUGAUUCUUACAAUAGAGAAGAGUUAGUAUCUUCAUCAAUGGUUAUUUCUGAAGACUACUAUAUACCUUUGGCUAUUGUUUAUGGCUUCUAUAAUGGUGAUAUAAAAGUCAUGCGUUUUGAUAUGUUCUUUGAAGAAUUGGAUUUUCACAGUCUAAGCCCCCAUCACAAUACACACACAACUGAACAGUAUCUUGCAGGUCAUGAGGGGGCUGUACUAUGUCUGGCUGCACAUCGUCUGAAAAGAUCUGCAGAAGGGAAAUCCAGUUAUAUUUUGUUGUCAGGAAGCUUGGACUGCACUGUUCGUGUGUGGGAUCUUGACUCUAGCAAUCCCCUAAUAGUGAUGCACCAGCAUGUAGCUCCAGUUCGCCAAAUUAUUCUCCCCCCGCCUCAAACUCACCAUCCUUGGAAUAAUUGCUUUCUUUCUGUUGGGGAAGACUCAUGUGUUGCCCUUGUUUCACUUGACACCAUGCGGGUGGAGCGAAUGUUCCCAGGCCACCCAUUUUAUCCUGCGAAAGUUGUGUGGGAUAGUACAAGAGGCUACAUAGCAUGUCUCUGUACAAAUCAGAUAGGAAAAUAUGAUCGAGUUGAUGUUCUGUACAUUUGGGAUGUGAAAACUGGGGCUCGUGAGAGAGUCCUUCGUGGAGCUGCUGCUCAUUCAAUGUUUGAACAUUUCUGUGUAGGAAUCAACAAAAAUCUUCCUUCCGGUAGUAUGAUUUAUGGGAAUACUUCUGCUUCCUCAAUGAUUUUUCCUGUUAUUGAGGGAACAAAGCAUUCACAAUCUCAUUUACAAACUUUGUCAAAGGCAACUUCAUCAAAAAUCUCUUCUGCCCCUACAAGCACAAAUCAUAGUAUUACAUCAUAUACCAACGGUGGAAAUGCUGCAGGGUCUAUUUCUUCUGUUUUUUCAUCCCUCCUAUGCAAAAACCAGCCAGUUAAAAGUUUCUGUCCAUUUCCUGGAAUUGCUGCUCUAUCUUUUGAUCUUACUGCUCUCAUGUCUCUUUGUCUGAGGCCUGAGCCUCGCAGAGGCGAGAGUGGUAGCCCUGAUAAUAACCAAUCAAAAGAAGCCCCUGAUAAAAAGAAAUCAAAAGACAUAAGGAUUGAGAAUCACACACAUAGUACUGAUAAUAAACAGAGCAUUCACAGAAAGGACUUGCCUAGUCAGCAGCAUGUUAUUGAAGAUAAUAAUGUUGAAGGGACUACAACAGAUGCUGCUCAGUAUCAUGAGUGGAUUAUCUCCCUUGAGAGGUGUCUACUUCAAUUCAGUUUGGCAAUUUUGCACAUGUGGAAUGUGGAUUAUGAUCUUGAUAAACUGCUGGUGACUGAAAUGAAGCUAAAGAGACCAACAAAUUUCCUUGUAGCUUCUGGACUACUAGGGGAUAGAGGGUCUUUGACACUGACAUUUCCAGAUGCUACAGCAACUCUUGAGCUCUGGAAAUCAUCCUCUGAGUAUUGUGCAAUGAGAUCACUAACUAUGGUCUCCCUUGCCCAGCACAUCAUUAGCUUGUCACAUACCUAUUCAGCAGCCAGCAGUGCACUUUCAGCAUUUUACAUGCGCAACUUAACAGAAAAGAUCCCAGACAUUAAGCCUCCUUUUCUGCAGCUUUUGGUAAGCUUUUGGCAAGAUGAUAUUGAACAUGUAAAAAUGGCUGCACGCUCUUUGUUCCAUUGCGCUGCUUCACGAGCCAUACCUACUCCACUCUGCUCGGAUAAAACAACACAUUGUGAAGCUUUUAUGGAUUAUUCAAAUGGACUAUUAGAAAGGGAAAACUAUAAUUCAGUCACAACAGAUAAACCAGGAGACUGCACAAGGACUGAGAGACAUGACUGGAUAGAAACAGAUUCUGGGGAUAAAGAAUCUGAAAUAUUAUCAUGGCUAGAGUCAGUUGAAAUGCAAGAUUGGAUUUCUUGUGUUGGAGGCACGGGCCAAGAUGCAAUGACAUCUCAUAUUAUUGUUGCUGCUGCAUUGGCUGUUUGGUAUCCUAGCCUCGUGAAACCAAAACUUGCCAUGUUAGCUGUUCACCCAUUGAUGAAGUUGGUAAUGGCCAUGAACGAAAAAUAUAGUUCCACUGCUGCAGAGAUUCUAGCAGAAGGUAUGGAGAGGACGUGGAAGGCAUGCAUUGGUUCUGAAAUACCUCGACUGAUUGGGGACAUAUUCUUUCAAAUUGAGUGUGUCAGUGGUGCAUCUGCUAAUGCAUCCAUGAAAAAGUCAUCCCUAUCUGUAAAAAUUCAUGAAACUUUGGCUGGCAUUCUUCUUCCAAGUUUAGCAAUGGCUGACAUUCUAGGUUUUCUGAAUGUAAUAGAAAGCCAAGUCUGGUCAACUGCAUCUGAUUCACCUGUGCAUGUGGUAUCCGUCAUGACUCUUAUCAGGGUUGCACGUGGGUCUCCAAGGAAUUUAGUUCAGUACCUUGACAAGGUGGUUACAUUCAUUUUACAGACAAUGGACCCUGGUAACUCAGUCAUGCGUAGGAGUUGCAUGAAAAGCUCGAUGGCCGCAUUGAAGGAAAUUGUUCGUAUAUUUCCUAUGGUAGCCCUAAAUGAAUCCUUGACAAGAUUGGCCAUUGGAGAUGCAAUUGGUGAGAUCAACAAUACAAGCAUCCAUGUCUAUGACAUGCAAAGCAUUACAAAAAUAAAGAUUUUGGAUGCAAGUGGACCUCCAGGGCUUCCAAGUUUGCUUGGAGGAUCUUCAGAAAUGGCUGUUAAUACUGCUAUAUCUGCUCUUAGCUUUUCACCGGAUGGAGAGGGGCUACUUGCUUUCUCUGAGAAUGGACUGAUGAUUAGAUGGUGGUCGCUAGGAUCUGUGUGGUGGGAGAAACUCAGCCGGAAUCUUGUUCCUGUUCAGUGCACCAAACUGAUUUUUGUCCCUCCAUGGGAGGGGUUCUCACCUAAUUCCAGUAGGAUUAGUAUAAUGGCAACUGCACUUUCUAAAGAUGGGCAGAGUGCAUCAAAGGCGAGCUCCAAGGCUUCAACUGAAAUGGACAGAUUAAAACUUUUGCUUCAUAAUCUUGACCUGUCUUAUAGACUAGAAUGGGUUGGUGAAAGAAAUGUAAAGCUCACACAACAUGGCCGUGAGUUGGGCGUUUUCCAGUUUCAAGUUUAACUUAUCCUUGGGAAACUGGUGGUAUUGUCAAGAAUAGUUCUGCAUUGAAGACGUUGCCAUAUAAGCUGCCUGAUAGCUUUAGCUUUUUGUUGUGAAGUGGCUUACCGUCACUUCCACGAUUUCCAGCAGCAAAAUACCAACGGAUUUGGUUUCAAAUGGAGCGAAACAGGUCAGAGUACGAUCAAUAUACAUGAUCUAACAUCUCAUACUACUCGAGCACAGAAGCUACAAAAAUGCAUCCUCAUACGAGUUCUUUCCUUUUAUUCAACUUUUUUUUUUAUUCUGCAUUAUAUUCUAUUAUUCUUUUGCGCAAACUAGGUAGUGAGAGGUACAUGGUAUUUAUUAUAGUUUGUACUAGCAAGGUUAUUUUAGGUACAUAUUUUGUACAAGUUUAUGCUUUGUAUAAAUGAUAUAAGUUGGAAAUUGUGUAGAGUUUUGGCUUAAUUAGUAUAGUUGGAUAUUUGUGUUAUUCUGAAACUAAUGUAAAUAUAAGUUUUGGGUGGUCAAGUGCUUUA